UUUCUUUAUCACCUCUGUCGUUAGCUUCUCUAAUUACAUUUUUUAUUUACAAUCUAGUCUCUUCUCCAGAUUGUUCUUCUGUGCGUGUCUGUGUACUACUAUCAGUUAAUACUACAUGUGCCACACUAUUCCAUUUUGGAGAACCUCUACAAAUUCUUACAGUUCCUGUUUGCUGAGGACCUAAUCACAUUCUCAUAUUAUCUAUCUCUUUAAGAGAUGUAUUUCUGCAUUUCUGUGACUGCAGGCCUAGGUAAGUGCGGUUCUGCUAUGGUUAUAACACUAUCUCUAUCUUCCUCCUCUUGUGGUAAAGUAAGAAGGAUUUCACUUGCAUUUUGAAAGUCUGUCAUUGCUUCCCGGUAAAUCCUAACUUUCUCCAUAUUUGGAACUUCACCCUGAGAUUUCUUUCAUUUUUUUUCCACUCAUAGUAUACAGCUUUGUUUUCACCAUGGUUUUUCUAUGCACUGUGCUCAUAAUGCCCUCUGACUCUGAGUUUUUGCACUGAAUAGCCACUUCCCGUCCAUGGUGACUUCCUAACUCUAUGGCCCACUGUAUGACUGCUAAAGCAACUUCAGAUUCCUGGAAAUUACCUUUUGCAAUCCAUCUCGGCUUGGUAACCAUAAAAGUAUCUGACCUGGCUCUAUCUCCUGAACCGAGGUCUCUGCCCUUAAGGCCUUUUUCUCCCAUGCUUUUACCCAGUGGUCUCCCCAGGUGUAGGCUUGAAUUAAGAUAUUACUGGAUUUUCUCUGGGCUUUUUUACCUGCCAUACUAGGGCGUCCUCUACUACAGGUUUCUCAACUCAAUAGCCCCUCUAGACCCCUCUCUAGGUCUCACUGGUAGUGAUCCCGUUUCCUGGCCCUUCAGUCCUUUCUCUGGACUGGAACAUACUAAGUCUCUCUCGACUAGUAUCUAACCGUAUCCUUUCUGGAUUGGUCUAUGUGGGUCUUACAGACAGCUCUUCAAUGUGGUUUCUACACUUUCAACUUAAAACUCAAACCUCAAGCCACUCACGUUGGGUGCCAUGUUAUUCGGUGUGACCAUUUAUAGUACACCUUUUAACCCUAUGAUUAUUCAGGUAGGGUAAGGAAAGUCAAAUCUAGUCUAAACCAUAAGAUACUCAUCCGCCGGCAGGUUGAAGUCCUUCAGGAAUGACGCAGAAGACUACCUUGUGGUUGUUCUUUGUGGAGGCUCAGAUUGUAGUUAUAAUAAGUAAAGUCUCACGGAAGGCAAAGUAACAAUAAAAUCUCUUUUAUUGAUUACAAUACAAAGCAGUUAAUGCAAAAUAAAACUUAAAUCAGCUUGAGCUAAAAAGCUCUAUAACCUAGCUUUACCCAGCAAUAUUAGAGAUGCUGUUAAGCACCCCUCGUUAGGGUAUCAGGUGUCUUUCUACGCUUAAUGCAGGCAGCAUCUGAGGAGGCCUUUUACUGCUCAGACUCUUAUACAAAUUUUUGGGACAUUCCAACUUCAUAUUACUCAUCAAUUGAUCAAUGUCUUUGAUCCAAUCUUCCUGCUGUAGGCAUAUCAGUAUCUGUGUCUCUUGCUUACUAAGCCGGAGGUCCUUCCUUUGUCGCCUACGCUGUCGUCUUCUUCUAGCACUCUUCCUCUUCACCGAAGUCUUCGCCUGGCUCACCUACGCUUUAGGUUGCAACAUGCUCCCUUCAUCCUUAGUGUUAACUUUUGUGGUUGGUUACAAUCAUCAAACUCAAAAACUUUCACAACUGUUGCUUAGUCAUAUUAUCUUAUAACAAACAAAGGAAGUAUUGCAGUUCCUUAAUUUCAUAAUCAUUCAAGCAUUCAAGCAUAUAUGGCCUUAACUUAAAAGCAAAUAAAUUUCCCUUUAGACCAAGACCUUCAAAAAAUGGUCUUAAGACUGGUCUCGAUUUGUUAAAAUAAUGAGCAGCAUAAAAUAUGAUUUCCUCUUUUUUUCAUUUGAAUUCAAAGUUGAAAGUGGGUUUGAAGGGUACGUGGGCUUAAUGGGUACAUUGACCCUAUAUUUUAAUGACUGAACAACUAACCGGUUUGUGUUGUGUUGUGGCAGCUGAGAGGACUAUAUAAGCGAGAGCCCUGUGAAGGUUCUUCAAAGAUCUCUUCUGCGAUCGUCAGUGAAACAGCAGCGUCUUCUACAACAUCUUCUGAAUUCUCACCUACUUCUUCAGUGCCACGAAUACGGAAGAAAACAAAAUGGCAAAUGCACAGCAAAUAACCAAGCUCGAUGUCUCCACCUGUAAGGAUGAAGAGGAAAAACUCAGAGCUCAAGGUUAUCAGUUCAUCAAUGUUGACCUCAAUGAAGGUACUUGUGGAAACCGGGUCCUUCUUUGGUUCAAGAAAGAGUGUGGCAACAGACCUGUGACCAGGAUCGAGUUCUCAUUCACUGACAGGAUGAAACCUGGUCUAGCUGAUGCUGGGUAUAAGGUGGUCAACAGGGAUCUGAAUGCAGGAGUUUGUGGAGAUCACAUCUUUCUGUGGUACUUCUACGGCAGCACUGAAUAUGACAUUCCUAUUGUGGACCUCACCGUAAGCAAAGGCGCCAAAGAAGAACCUGUUCUUCUGAAAGAUGGCUGGGAGAGACUGGGCUGUGAUCUGAACCGUAAUGCACGAGGAAACUUCAUCUACCUGUGGGUGAAGAGAGAGAAGACCAGCUACAUACAAGAGAUCGCAGCAACUGUUGACUUCUCUUCUGACAAGCACAUGUUUGAACUGGGCUUCACUCGUGUGUGUGAAGACACCAAUCGGGGCGCUGGUGGAAAACACAACGUCUUCCUCUGGUAUCGCCGCACAACCGAUAAGAAAAAGGCUCUCACUGCUCUUGACGUAUCCACCUCCCUCCAGGAGGAAUCAAAGCUUCAGAAGGAAGGUUAUAAAGUGCUAAGUGUUGAUCUCAAUACAGGAACCGGUGGAAAAGAGGUGUACCUAUGGUACAAGAAAGAGGGAUGUGAAUCGCAGAUCCAGGCCAUGGUUCUGCUGAUCAACCGUGAUGCCUGGUUUGAGUAUCAGAAAGCUGGUAUCAACUUUAUCGAGAAAAAUCUGAAUGAGGGCAACAACGGCUAUGAAAUAUCCAUAGCCUACAAGUAAAACCACAGAAUCAUGCUGCCAUCACAGGAUCUUCUUCAGUUAUCUCAGUGGUAGAUCUAUAUUGCAGCUAUAAGCAUAUCUGUUUCUAAUGCAUGAUUUUAAUGUCAAGCAUAUUGUGACUGUGGCUGUUGUACUACACUCAACCACACACAUUUCAUUUGGCCUCUGUGUUUAUGUUGAAAUGAAUUAUGAAAUAAAGUCAACUUCAACCACAACAAACGCUUUGGUGAGUUUUUCACACCUGUC